CCGUGACAGCGAGUGGAAAGUGGGGGGGAACAGCGCUGUCGCCUCAGCCGAGCAAUAGGAACUACAAUCCUCUGGACAGCUGUCACCCUGUAGGUCAGCGACGACAGUCCAGGAUGCCUUACAUUCUCAUCAGCACACAGAUCCGGCUGGAGACCGGGCCCACCAUGGUAGGAGACGAGUACUCAGAUCCUGCCAUCAUGAGCUAUUUGGGAGCCAGGAAAACAACCAUUCUGGGGAACAAUUUUUCAGAAUACCACGUGGAUGAACCUCCUCGAUUGGUCCUAGAUAAGCUUGAGAAGCUCGGCUAUAAAGUUAUGACCAUGACGGGUGUUGGUCAGACUCUGGUGUGGUGCCUUCACAAAGAAGCCAGUGACCUCUGAAAAUAUUCAGUAGAUCACUCUUUUUAGCACUUUUUCUGUAAUUAAGGUUACAUAGUGUUUACACUACCAAAUGAAGUUAUAAGGUCAUAUUCCAUGUUCUAGUCCAGUGAUUCUCCAUCCUGGUCCUGAAGUAUCACCGGUAUGCUUGUUGUAGUGUUUUCCCUGCUCAAACACAUCAACUUCAACUCAGGAAGUGCUUGUUGAACGGGAAUUCCACUGAUUUUUUUACAUUUUAGCCUAAUUCAAUGGUCUUACUCAGAUUCAUUUACAGUGGUGGUGAUAGGAACCAAGGAUCACAGUGUCUACGAAGCAAAUACAGCCAUUUUAUUUACUAUAUAAAAUGACCUGCGAACACAUGAGUUUUUAUAUGUAAUGUUGAUGAAAGUAAAAUAGUGCUAGAUUUGCCUCAUGACACACUGCAUGUCUCUCUCUGCCAAUCACAGAUUAAAAAAUAGGUUUUAAACUAAAACCUAAUCUCCAAACUGGUUCCUAUCACCACCAAUGUAAACAAUUCUGAUUCUAAAAUGGCACAUUUCACAUCUCACUCUAAAUGACUUGUUUAUAUCUUAGAGAUUUUAUUAUAUAGAACGUUUUGGUGAAUUUCUCCUUUAAUUAGAUCAUAGGUUGAAUCAGGUGUGUUGGGAGCAGGGGAAGCUCUAAAAUGUGCAUAGCUGUGAUACUCCAGGGCUACGAUUGUGAACCAGUAUUCUAGACUAUUAUCCUGUUCAGUGAUCAUAAAUGAGAAAUACUGUCCAAGACAAACUCUCCUAACAAAUCUGCCUCUAGCAGAUUUGAGCAGUAUUAGCAGGCGACCACUUGUGUAAGUGUGAUGGUUAAUUUCUUUUUUGCAAAAUAGUCUUGCAACCAAAACUGAGAACUUUUUUCAUGCUAAAGCUGCACAAUUAAGCCUGCCAUAUUAGAUAAAUGCCAUCAGGAAUGAUGGAAAGCCAGUGUUUCACAUUCCACAAGAAGCCAGUGUCCUGUUUAGAUGCUGCAUUCUUCUUCUUUUUUUAAAUAAACUGUAUGACAUGAAUAACUGCCAUAAAGUAAUAUUAUGAAUUCUCAUGUUUUAUUAAUUGCAUCAUAUAAAAUCUCUGUCAAUAGAUAUUUUGCUGCAACUGAAGUGAAAGAUUCCUCAUUUUAUACCAGAGAAUUGAAGAAGGUCUUGUUGGAAGACAAAACUCAUUUAUUUCUAUUUUAUUGCAUUGAAACGGGUUCAUUUAAAGAAUGUUCAGUUUAUUGGUGGUUUUUAAAAUGUAGCUUUCUCACAUGUUCUCUGUAGCGUACAUUCUAUUUUUCUGGUAAACUGCAAAUACUGCAAAGAACUGUGUAAACUAUAUGUUUGGUCAUGUAUGUGAUAUUACAGUGAGAAUGAAAUAAAUAAAGGUUUAAAUUCAAGAAAUUGACUGAAA